CUUCUAACAGUUGUCAUUUUCCUCAGCUUUACAAGGAAAUCACAUGUCCUUUGGAUGGCUUUGAGCUCCUCCUCUUCUCCAUGGCUGGCCCAGAUGGAAAGUGUUUCCCACUCUGCCCCUAUUGUUACAAUAGCCCUCCAUUUGAAGGGAUCGAUAAAGUCUUUGGUGCCCUAAAAUUCAGUAGUGCAGGCAAACUAGGCAAAGGUGCUGGAAUGCCCUGCUUCCUUUGCCCGCACCCAACUUGCCGCCAUUCUUUGAUAGCACAAGGUGUUUGUGCUUGCCCCGAGUGCAGUGGGACCCUUGUCCUUGACCCUGUAAGUGCACCCAAAUGGAGGCUCUACUGCAAUGUGUGCAAUUGUAUUGUUUCUCUUCCUCAGGGUGCACAUAGGAUCUCCACAACGGGUAAAAGGUGCCCGGACUGUGAUUCGACCAUAAUUGAAGUGGACUUCAACAAGAAGACAACUCCACUAAGUGAUGGAACUACUCUCUAUGAGGGAUGUAUUCUAUGUGAUGAGCUAUUACAUUCUCUUGUGGAAAUGAAGCAUGGGAAGUCAUUCUUUAGGCGUGGACGAGGUAGGGGAAGAGGAAGAGGUCGCGGCAGAGGAGGCCGCAGGGGUAGAGGAAGGGGUAAACAUGAAGACCCAAAAAUGAGUUUCCGAGAUUUCUGAAGUAAAAAAACAAAGUUUCUGCUUAUUUACCACAGGAAACACGAUAAAAGGGGUGGAAUCAUUCAUGCCAGAAGUCCUAAUCAUGAUCAGUGUAAAAAUCAAAGAUGUAAUAGUUUUCCUCCACGGAUAUUUACAUGCUUACUAUUAUAUUGUUUUGCUUUGCAACACUCUUAUUCUUCAGGGAAUGAAUGUAUCAUUGUUAUUCCAACAACAGUAACGCUUCUUCA